UAUAAGCUGGAAAUUAUACACCAAAAAUUAAGAGUAGUAAAAAAUUUGGAGGGAGUUACUUGGGUGGCUGUGCUUUUGUUGUCUGGAUUGCUUGACAAAUACCCCACAUGGUUUCGAAGGACUCUUACAGCUGCAGAAGAUACCUUCCCUCAUAAUGUGGCUUUUCCCAUGUUUAAGAGUGAGCGAGACUGGCUUUUGUGUUUGUGAGAGUACAAUUACAAUUACAUAGAACUGAACAAAGCACUAACCUCCCAGGGCCCCUUCUCUUUCUUGGUUUUUUUCUUCUUUUUACUUUCUCACAUUAUGUGUGUGUGGAAUUAAUGCAUGGUCUUUAAAUUUGAGGUUCCAAAUUCCAAACUUUAAUGGCUCCAAGAUUGGACUUUUCUAACUGGUGGGCAAAAGAUACCCGCAAAGGAAACCCAGUGGUAGUCACAAUGGAGAACCCAAAUUUCUCAGUUGUGGAGAUUGAUGGUCCAGACUCUGCCUUCAGGCCUGUAGAGAAAAGUAGAGGCAAGAAUGCAAAGCAAGUGACAUGGGUUUUGCUUCUCAAGGCUAACCGUGCUGUCGGUUGUGUUGCUUGGCUAGCCACUGUGCUUUGGGCAUUGCUUGGAGCUAUCAAGAAGAGGCUGAUCCAUAGGCAAGGAGUAACCUUGGCAAGUGAGAAGUUGGGAAAGGGGAAAUUGCUUUUUAGAGUGAUUAGAGUGUUCCUAGUGACAGCCUUGGCAAUGUUGGCCUUUGAGGUUGUUGCUUAUUUGCAAGGCUGGCAUUACUUCAACAAUCCCAGUUUGCACAUUCCCAAGACCUCUGAUUUGGAAGGCGUGCUCCACAUGGUCUAUGUUGCUUGGUUGACAUUCAGGGCUGAUUACAUUGCACCUCUAAUUCAAGCACUCUCUAAAUUCUGUGUUCUUCUAUUCCUUAUCCAAUCAGCAGACCGUAUGGUGCUUUGCCUAGGAUGCUUGUGGAUAAAAUACAAGAAGAUUAAGCCCAGGAUUGUGGGGGAUCCCUUCAAGUCUGAUGAUUUGGAAGGGUCAGGCUAUGAAUUUCCUAUGGUUCUUGUUCAAAUUCCAAUGUGUAAUGAGAAGGAGGUUUAUGAGCAGUCUAUCUCUGCGGUAUGCCAACUUGAUUGGCCAAAGGACCGUAUACUCAUUCAAGUGCUUGACGAUUCUGAUGAUGAGAGUAUUCAAUGGUUAAUUAAGGCAGAGGUUACCAAAUGGAGCCAAAGGGGCAUCAACAUAAUCUAUCGACAUCGCUUGGUUAGAACCGGUUAUAAAGCUGGGAAUCUCAAGUCAGCGAUGGGCUGUGAUUAUGUUAAGGGUUAUGAGUUUGUUGCAAUCUUUGAUGCAGAUUUCCAACCUAAUCCUGAUUUUCUUAAGCAAACUGUACCACAUUUCAAGGACAAUCCUGAACUAGGUUUGGUUCAGGCUAGAUGGUCUUUCGUGAACAAGGAUGAGAACUUGUUGACUCGUCUCCAAAACAUUAAUUUGUGUUUCCACUUUGAGGUGGAACAGCAGGUUAAUGGGGUGUUCCUUAAUUUCUUUGGUUUCAAUGGAACUGCUGGUGUUUGGAGAAUUAAAGCCCUGGAGGAAUCUGGAGGCUGGCUUGAAAGGACCACUGUUGAGGAUAUGGACAUAGCUGUCCGAGCUCAUCUCAAUGGUUGGAAGUUUAUCUUCCUGAAUGAUGUAAAGGUCCUUUGUGAAGUUCCUGAGUCAUAUGAAGCUUACAGGAAGCAGCAACAUCGCUGGCAUUCUGGUCCAAUGCAACUUUUUAGAUUGUGUCUUCCAGCAAUUAUAACUUCUAAGAUAUCAGUAUGUAAGAAAGCCAACAUGAUACUGCUAUUCUUUCUUUUGAGGAAACUUAUCCUUCCCUUUUAUUCCUUCACAUUGUUCUGCAUAAUUCUUCCUCUAACCAUGUUUGUCCCAGAGGCUGAGCUUCCUGUGUGGGUUAUUUGUUAUGUGCCUGUUUUUAUGUCCUUCCUCAACAUUCUUCCAGCCCCAAAAUCCUUCCCCUUCAUUGUUCCUUAUCUCCUAUUUGAGAAUACCAUGUCUGUUACAAAAUUCAAUGCAAUGAUAUCUGGAUUGUUCCAGUUGGGUAGCUCUUAUGAGUGGGUUGUCACCAAGAAAGCUGGCAGGUCAUCAGAAUCUGAUUUACUGGCUGUUGCUGAAAAGGAUUCAAAAACAAUGAACCAACCACAGAUCUACAGAGGAGCUUCUGAGAGUGACCUUUCUGAACUGAACCAAAUUAAGGAACAGAAAGAAGCAGCUCAAGUUCCCGUUAAGAAAGUUAACAAGAUAUAUAGGAAGGAGCUUGCGCUGGCAUUCCUUUUGCUCACGGCUUCUGUCAGGAGCCUGUUAUCUGCACAAGGAGUCCACUUCUACUUCCUGCUUUUCCAAGGGGUGACAUUCCUUCUUGUGGGUCUUGAUCUAAUUGGAGAGCAGAUGAGCUAAUAAUGAAGGGAAGCAAUACAAAGGAGUAGAAAGACAAACCACCCUUCUGCUUAGAUUCAGUCUGUGUGCAUUUUAGCAGCAAUGAUGAUCUGUGUGGGCAGUGCAAGCGAGGAAAUCGGAUCCUUUUUGCAUGGGAAGAUUGCAGUGAAGGGCUAGCCCUCCAAUUCAAUAAAAAUAAAUUUCUUGCAUUCCUUAUUUGAUUUUAAGUGUCCCAUAGGAUUAAUUCUGUGUUUACCUAUCAUCCUCCACACCAUAUUUACAAUUUUUAUUUUUAGUCAUUUAUUUCCCACAUAGGGCAUUGGUCAUUGUAAUCUUCGAUAGGGAUUGAAUUAUCUUUUGUUAUAGGUAGGAAUAGAAUACUCUAUUUUCUUUAGUAUAUUACAGUUGACAUCAACUCUUGCUUGUGUGUAAUCUGGCAUCUCCUAUUCAAGCCAUACUGUGUAUUUAUAUAUUGUAGAAUGCAAAGAGUAGAGUCUAAGAAUGGGAUUGCAUAAUGCUUUCUGGUUUAUAGAUUCUUUCUUUUUUAGUGA